AUGUCAGAUCUUGCUGAAACAUUUCAAAAUGAUAUUUCACAAAUAUUUAAUGAACGUGGUCUACUUCGAACUGAAUUAAUUGCUAAAGAAAAAUUACUUACUGAUGCUAUAUUACAAAAAAAUACACUUAAUCACAGUUUAAAACAAAUUCGUAAUGAAAGAGAUGAAUUAUUUGUUAAUAAUCAAAAAUUACGACAAGAAAAACUUGCUGCUGAAGCAGAAAAAAGUGCAAGUACAAUACAUGUAACUAUACUUAAAGAAGAAAAAAAUUUAUUAGAAAAAAAAUUAUAUCAAUUAACCCAACAUUAUGAAGAAUCACGUUUACAAAUAGAUGAAUUAAAUCGACAAAAUAUAUUACUUGAACAUCAAAAACAAAAUCAACAUCCAAUAACUAUUCAACAAACAAAUGAACAUCGUCAUGAAUUUGAUGAUUUGAAAAAACGUGUUGUAGAACUUGAACAAUCACGAGAAAAUCUUAUAGAAAGACAUAGAAAUGAAUUACAAUUAUUAAAAAAUGAAUCAAAUAAAAAAGAUGAACAAAUCAAUAGUCUUCAAGAACUUAUUUUUCAAUAUGAACAAAAAAUUGAAGCUAAUGAUAAAAAUAAAAAAGAACUUGAACAACGACUUCAAGAUGUUACUCAAUCAUGUCGAUCUCAAAUACCUGAUAAAUUAACACUUACCGAUGAUGAAUUACGUAUAAUUGAAACUGAUCCUAAUAGUGCAUCAAUUCUUGCUAUUUAUCGUUCAUCAAAAAGUCUAUUCGAUAUUCUUGUUGAUUACGUACUCUUACAAAAACAAAAUGAAACUUUAACAAAUCUGAAAGAAAAAGUUGAGUCUCAACGACGUUAUAAUGAAAAUCUUUUACAUCAAACUCAAUCAGAAUUACAACAAUUCAAAAUUCAAAAUGAACGUUUAAAAUUUUUAGCUGAUAGUCGUCUAACAGAAUAUGAACAAGCUAUACGUGAUAAACAAACAUUAUUUAAAGAAAAACUUGAUUUAGAUAGACAAUUACAACAAAAAACUCGUGAUUAUGAUGAUUGUUUAGAUGAUCGUAAUAAUAUGCGUGCACAAAUAUUUCAUUUACUUGAAAAUGGUAAUAUCAAAGGUCAUUUACAUUCAUUAUCAUCAAUGAUUGAUAAUGAAAUACUUAUAAGACAAGGUGUUGUUACAUUUAAUAGUGUUGAAGAACUUUAUGAACAGUAUAUGAAAACAUUAGCUGAUAUACGUGAAACAGAUAGAUUUAUUGUUGAAUUAGAAGAAACUCAUUCAAAAGAAAUUAAUGAAAUAUCACAACGUGAAUAUUUAUUAAAAGAAAAUAUUGAACAACUUCGUAUAAAACUUGAUCAAACACGAACUGAUAUUAAUAUACAAACACUUGCUAAACAAGUACUUGAUCGUGGACAAAAUCAAAAUUUACCGAAAACUAUAUUAUCUACAGCCAAUAUACAAACAGAUAUAAAUUUAAAUGAUUUAAAACAUAUUGAAGAUAAUAUUAAAUAUUUACAAAGAAUUUCUGAUGAAAAAGAUCUUGAAAUAAAUAGAAUUAAUGAUGAUAUGAAACUUACUCAACAAAAAUUAGAUUAUGCACAAAGACAAAAUCUUAAUGAUAAACAAAAGAUCGAUGAUUUUCAACGUAUUAUUGAUGAAAGUCUUCAACGUACAAAUUCUCUUCUAGCUAAUGUUCAAACAUAUGAAUUAAUAUGUGAACAAUUACGAGAACAAAAUCGAACUAUUCAACAUGAAUAUGAUCAAUUAUUAUCGGCUGUAUCAAAUUUAAAAACUGAAAUUGAUAAACUUCAAAAUGAAAAACAACAAAUGAGUCAAUUACAAGAACAAGUUCUUAAUCGUAUUAAACAAGAUAUUGAAAUAAAAACAAAUAAUCAAGAAGAAAAUCUUCUUAAUACUCGAUUACAACAAUCAGUUGAAGAAUUAAAUUCACUCAUGAAAGAUUGUAUUAAACAAACUGAAUUAACAAAUGGAACACCAGCUCAUAUAACUAAUUUAACAAAACUUGAAAUUCUUUAUCGACAAUUACAACAACGCCAUCAAUAUGAUCUUGAACAACAUUUUGCCAUAACGGAAUCAUUAAAAAUAAAAGCAAAAGAUGCUCAAAAUGAUUUACAAAAACUUGAACGUCAAUGUGAAGAAAUGCGUUUGAAAUAUCAAGAUGAACAAACGAAAUCAGCAGCAAAAAUUGCUGAAUUGGAAAGUAAAUUACGUAAUGCUGAUACAACAACAGUUUUAACACGUCUUUUACCAUCGGCUACGCUUGAAAAUCGUCUUAAAGAAGAAGAAGAACGUACACAACAAUUAAGAAAUUGGACUAAUAAAUUAACAGAAAAAAUUGAAAAUAUUCAAAAACAAAUGGCAACAGAUAAAAAAGAAUAUGAAGAGAAAAUGGAAGAAAUGCGUAAAGGUAAAACAAACAUGAAGAAUUUAUUUAUUCAUUAUUUUUUGUGUAUUGCAUUAGCAUUAAGAGAUAGUCGAAAUGAAUGUGAUGCAGUUGAAAAACGUCUUGAAACUGCUCAAGAAGAACAACAAAAAUCUUUGAAUGAAUUUAAAGAAAAGGAAGAAGUAUUUGAAAUGGAAAUAUUUAAAUUAAAAACUGAAUUAGAUAGUUCACAUGUAACAAAUACAUCAUUAAAAGAAACUAUAACACUUAAAGAAAAUGAUAUUCGAAUUUUACAUGAACGUAUUAUUGAUUAUGAAACAAAAAUGAUUAAUUUAGAAAAAGAAUUUUUUGCAUUAAAAGAAAAAUAUGCUCGACAAACAAAAGAACACAAUUUACCUAUUAGUGAACCUCCAUCACCAAGUUUAACACAACAUGAUUUGAGCAUUGAUGAUAGUUCAUUGGAUGCUGCUGUGGAACUUAAGACACCAUCAAAACGUCGUCGGAUUAUUUCCUCAAACGAACAAACACCAAUACAACUUCGUUCUACUCGCUCACAAAGUGUCGAUUAUCAAACAAUAUUAAACACUGGUGAUGAAGCAGCUGAAGAUAAUGAUGAUGCCAUGUCAACUUGUUCAGAACCACCAUCAACAAAAAAACGAAAACGUCGUGGAAAUGAUUUAUCUACAAUAAGAUUACCAGCUGUUGAUGAAGAAGGAGAUAAUGAUGCUGGAACAAAUUUUCAAGGAAAUUCAGCAAUAACUCCAACAUAUAAUCUACGUUCAAGAACGAAACGAAUGCCAAAACUUCAACCAAAUCAAACAACAUAA